AUGGGCCCACUCGGCCAUAUGCCUAUCCACGACACCGGAAUUCACCGCGGUAUCGACCCAUCUGGUACGCCUUGCACACCCAUCAUGCCUGGUCCAAUCAACAUCCCAUCACCUAGCGCUCCAUCACCAACAGCUUUAUCACCAUCACCACCGAAACCACCCAACCUAUCCUGUCGAACUGCUGCAAACAAAGCUGACUUCUGCCAAGGUCGCCGCUUGGAGCAACAACCGCUGCGAGAAAUGCAGGGCGUCGGGAUGGCUCACAAGCCCGCGGAGAUCCUGAGGUAUGCCGACCGCAAUAAAAUGAAGAACCUCUUCCCAGUGAUCGAGGCGAUCGACGGUCCCCUACAGAAAGGGACCGCGCCGUCUCUCAGUUCUGACGGCCCAGCGCUUCUGAUGGAGAAGUCGCAGAUUAUGAAGAGCUGGACUGCAUACUUCAGAAGCGUCCUCAAACUCUCCUCCGAAAUCUCCAAUGUCGCCAUUGACCGGCUUCCCCUGGGGAAAACAAAUAUUAACCUAGAUCUCCCGCCCUCCCUCCCAGAAACCAUCUGCACCAUGCAAUAA